AGCACUAUACUUUAUAUAAGGCAUGAUGCCUUCUGUUUCAAAGACGAGAGAGCAACCGAUUAGGAAAAGAAUCGAGAGAGAUAAGGAAGCAGCUGCCCUGAUCUUUUGAUCCUUCUGAGCAAAUUCGAUAUUAGUGUUACUUUUGUGGUUUUUGAAAGAGGAGAUUUGAUCUUUAAUUUGCAGCUCAAAUUACAGAAGCUUGCCAAGAUGGAGUUGUUCGGAUGCAAAACUGUCCAGGAGGUGCUCAUCCAAGAGGAACAGGUGCCAGAGAAAUAUAUCCAUAAAGUUGAAGAUGGUGGAGUCCCAGUCCCAGAUGCUUCUCCUCCCCAGUUACUGGAUGUUCCAGUUAUUGAUCUUGCUCUCCUCGCAGCUUCUUCAAUUACUGCAGAUGAAUAUGAGAAACUCAGAUCAGCUCUUGACACAUUGGGUUGCUUCCAGGUAAUAAACCACGGCAUGUCGCCAGAAUUCUUAGACGAGGUCCGAGAGAUUACGAAGCAGUUUUUUGCACUACCAGUUGAAGAUAAGAAGAAGUACUUGAGACAAGGCAACGACGUUCAAGGAUAUGGAAACGACGUGGUUUAUACAGAGCAACAAAAACUGGAUUGGACUGAUAGACUAUACCUUACUGUGUUUCCACAAGACAACCGCAAGCUCGAAGUUUGGCCUGAAAAUCCCGAAUCUUUUAGGCGGACUUUAGACCAACUUGUCAUGGAGUUAAAUGUAGUAACAAAAACUGUCCUCAAGGCCAUGACAAGGUCAUUGGGUUUGGAGGACAACUGCUUUUCCGACCUGUAUGGGAACAUGGAUAUCAGAUUCAACUUGUAUCCUCCAUAUCCGAGGCCUGAUCUCGUCCUCGGUUUCAAAUCACACUCAGACUCAUCCCUAAUCACCCAUGUCUUGCAAGACAAGGAAGUAGAAGGUCUUCAAUUUCUCAAAGGUGAUGAGUGGUUUCGUGCUCCCAUUGUUCCUGACGCGCUUCUCAUCAUAGUUGGCGACCAAGUAGAGAUCUUGAGCAACGGUGCAUUCAAGGGCGCUGUACACCAGGUGGUGAUACAUCCAGACAAGGAGAGGAUAUCGGUGGCGGCAUUCUGCUAUGGGGAGUCGUAUAAAAUUGAACCCUUUGAAGGGUUGGUGGAUGAGUCGAGGCCAAGAUUGUACAGAAAGAUGGAAAAUUAUGGGGACAUCUUUAUGGAAAACUAUCAGAAAGGGAGGAGAACAAUUGAAGAAGCAAAAAUAUAUGUGUAACGUUAUGUGACGUAACACACUCUCCCCUGCGCAUAAAACUUAUAGUUGUCGAGGUGUUUCUUCUAGCGUAAUAAAACCCUCAAGUUUGGCUCGAACUCUCAUGAACCAAAAACUCAUAAGAUGUUGUAAAUUAGAGUGGCUGAAGCUUGAAGUUGAAACUUAAUUACCUAUUUUCUCUGCAACUUAUGUUGCAAAGAAAUUGUACGUAAAUUAUGACGAUAUAUUGAUAUGCAUAGCUCCUUAACUAAGUUUUAUUUCAA